UUCAUAUUUUGUCCUGGUGCUACUAAAUAUGUUGAUGUUUUUACUGUAAACUUUGUCUUUAGAAGGAACCUAAUUGGUAAUCACAGUGUCAGUUAGUCUCAAUAUAAAUAAAGCUGCUCUUUGAAAGCAUUAGUUUUUUUUUUCGGUGAACGAACACCAUGAACACCAAUCAAUACAACUGAAUAAAUAUGCAGGGUUAGUUUAUUUAACAAUAUUUCAAUCUCAUUUUACAGAACUAUGUUCAAAUCAAAUAUGAAGAGGCACAACUGUGAAUUUAGGCCAGAGUAAGAUUGCAUUUAUCAAACAUAGUCAAGAAAACAACUCCUGUAGAUUUUAUUAUAUUAUUGCAAAUCACAGAUAGUUUUAGUUUCCUUUUACACUCCUAUGCUACUGAGUUGAUCUUUCAUAUAAAGAAACUAAAUAAAGCACCCUGAAAUAUGAGGCUGUGAUGUGAAAAAAAAUUGACAAAAGCAGUGUGAUUAUUAUUUUUGUGAUAAUUAUUUUUGCAAGGAUUGAUUGUUUGUCAAAUUCUUCAGAAAUGUUACACAUUGUGAAAAAUGUGCAGUUAAAAUAAUGUGUUGCUUUUCGUAUUGUCACACUUACAUGGAGCUUUCAGAGCACCUCUGAAAACUUGUGCUGUUACAGCUCUUUAUGUUGCUAACAAGACAGAUGCUGCGGUGUCGGUGAAGGAUUGUGGUCUCCCUGGGGGAUGUGUUUCGUUCUUCCAAACAACAAAAGGGAUUGCAUGUCUAGUCUGUUGUCAUUACGUCCGUGUGGAAUGCAGCAGCACAGCUGCUUCACUUACAGAACCAGCAAGAAGUUUCCCAGAUUCAGCGUAUCCAUGCAGCAGUUACUCAGAAAGUCUCAGAAAAACAAUGUAAAAGCCUUUGACUUGACAAUGAUUUCUAUUUUACAAAUGGUCUCAGAAUAUAUAUUGAAGGUUAUAAGCUGAGAAGCUUUUUUAAAAGAUUGUUUAUAUUUGCCGUUUUAACUUUACCUCCUAGCACAUUGAAUCAAUAUUUAUAGGAAUUUGCAACCAAAAUUACAAUAAAAUUAGUAUAAUGCAAACUACACACCCAUAAAACUUUUUAACUUCACCUUGAUGCAUUUGAAAUAUUUUUUAACAUUUUAUUGUGUCGACUGCACAUUUACAAGCAAUGUUUUCUUUUUAUGUCAGUGUCAUUGUAAUUUUACAGACAGUAUAGUAGCCCAACCUUCACUUUAAUGAACUUACUUGUUAACAUUUAAUGUAAUCACAGUGUAAUUUAAUCUCAGUAUGCUAUAUUUGUCUUGGGGGUGGGGGGAGUUAUGAGCUAACAUUGUUAAUAUUGAUGUUUCUAUUUUACCAUAAUCUUCGACUCUAUUUUUAAAUUUUCCCUUGCUCUUUUUCCAAUCCUGUUUCCAGUAGCCUUUCUGCACUCCACCAGUACUCAAGUACCAGAAACACUCCUAAAAACUCCUUUGUAGUCUAUUUUUGCAUCAUGACCUGCCUCAAACUAAUCUUUUCUGAACCUUUUGUAUUCUAAGACUCAAUGUUAUGCGUCAUAUGCAUCUGUAGAGAGAGAUUCUUACCCCCAUUUUUUUAUUUCCUGGACAAUCACAAAGUGAGAGUCAACAAUCCAUUUCCUUUUUUAUCCCUAAAAAACUACAAAUCAAUUCAACCACCCAACAGACUGAGAUUGAGAUUUAUAGCUGGGGCUGCGCUCUGUUUUAAACGAGAUGUGGUCAACUUUUUUUCUGACUGACGAGGAGGGCCGCACCGUGGUCCCGGGAACAGCAGGAGCAGGUGGAAUGGCUGCACCAGGAGGACCAGCUCAAGGCGCAGGGGGCCUGGCCAGUUUAAUGGGUGGACGCAGCACCUUUGGUGGGAACAAGAGACGCAGGACAACAUCAGCUGGACAUGCCAUGAGUGAAGCCCAGGAGGGAAAGAUCAAGCUGGCAUUUUUUGUGGCCAUAGUUGGUGUCGUCCUGACAGUCCUGGGAGUCGGGACAGAGUUCUGGGUGGAGCUGGCGCCCCCAAAGAAUUUUUAUAACAAUCAGACAUGCCUGACAGCUCACUAUGGUCUGUGGAAGGGCUGCACUAAGACCCUGUGGGUGUCUGAUAUCGACCCAGAACGUGAGAGCUGUGGACCUGCGGAGCUGCAUGGAGAAUCCAACUGCACCUACUUCAAAUUUUUCACCACGGGGGAAAAUACUGUCAUGUUUCAGAAGACAACACACAAGAAUUUGAAUGUGGCUGCAGCAAUGCUGGCCCUUUUCAGCCUUUUCCUGAUGGUGAUGGGGGCCAUCUGCAUCACCAUGGCUCUCAGUAAGGAGAUUCUCUUCUUUCUGAAGCCAGCAUCCAUAUGUUUUAUCCUGUCAGGAGUUCUGGUGCUCAUGACUCUGUUGGUUUUCCACCAGUCUGUCCUAUCUUUCUUGGCCAGUGACCACACGGUUCCUCUCCACCAUGAGCUCUCCUGGUCCGUGUCAUGUAUCGGCUGUGCAGGCGCUGUUCUCAUUGUGGGUGGAAUCCUCUUCCUGCUGCUGGCGCUGCCCUGUAGCCCGUGGCAGAGGUGUCUCCCUCAUAAGGAAGGCAGCAGCUAGUGGCUUUUAGGUGAAGAUUUCUGCACUUUACCUGCUGAAAGGAAGGAGGAGUGGAAAGGUGAGGAUGUUUCCCUCACACAUCCAAGCAAAAAGAUCACUUUCUCUGUUUAUCACAGAUUUGAAACAGUAGAAACUUUUUAGAUAUUUUGUAUUUAGGAAAAAAUAGCAGGGACCGUUUUCAUUUUAAAAGAUGAAUUUGAAUUAAGGUCACAGAUAUCUAGUGGAUGCAUCAAACACCUACUAACUGAUACUGAUAUUCAACUUCCUUUGAGGUCUGACCUGCUGAUUCAAACAUUCUUACUAGUACAAACUAAUUUGUGUAAACUCUGUUUCAUCACAGUUAAUUUUCUAGCAAGAUUUUUAGGUCAAUCAAAUUCAUUUUAAAUAUUGUUUACAAUCUAUCAUGACAAUAUUUUAUUGCUUAAUAGAUGUUUAAUACCUUUACCUUUACAAACUCUCCUAAAAGACAAAUCCGAACUUCUGUGUACAUUAUUUUGAGACGUCACAGAUAUCCUCUAAAUACAGAACAGAGUAUUGCUAAGUCUGACGAAUGUAAACAAAAUACAACUACUUGCUUGCAUUGUGUUUUUAUUAUCUAUGGCUGCAGCAAAACCCUUAAUAGGUUGCCACAUAAGUUGGUAGCAAAAAACACUGGAAAAUAAUUUGUGAUGAGAAUCA